AGUGGCCGUGUGCGGACUUCGGCGCCCUGCCCCUGCGCCCUCGGGCCGCGGCUGCGCCCUCGGGCCGCGGCUGCGCCCGCCGCGCCGCGCCCGCGGCGCCCCGUCCAUGCCCCGGCACGUGCUGGACGUGGCCAGCGCGCAGGAGAGGCCGCUCCAUGGCAGCCACGAGCGGGAGGCGCUGGUCGGGGCGCGGGAGGGCGUCGACGCGGACGACCCCGCCGCGGCGCGGCCGCGCCGCCUGGCCCUCGGAGGCUGCGCCCUGCUGGCGGUCGUGGCGGUCUGCGGCGCCGUGGCGCCGUCGGGGCUCGCGACCGUGGCCUCCGCUGCGGGGGCUCUCGGCAGCAGUACGUCCCACCUCUUCUCCCCCGGCGCCGUGACCGCAGCCGCUCACGCGGCCGGCGACUACCAGACGCCGGGCAGGGCCAGCUUCGCCUUGCGGUCUGCCAUCCGGGAGGCGGGCCCGGGCGACUGGCGCACCCAGGCGCACCGUACACAGGGUGCGGCCCGCCUGGCAGUUACCUACGGAGCUGGGAUCUCCACGACGCUCGGCGUGAACAGCUCGAGAUCAGACGUUCUGCUGGACACAGGCGAGGACGACGUCGGCCAAGUUCCUGUGGCCGUUUCCGGGCCGCUGGUGACCGACGAGGUCGAGGGGUACCUUCCCGCCAGUGGCGAGGGGGCGCUGGAGGAUUCACCCGCCAGCAAGGACAGCGAUGGGUGUGGAGCCCUGCGCGAGUUCUACCUCUACCGCGCUCAGUCGGACGCGGAGUACCCGGAGGAGAACGUGAACGCCGCGGACCUCCCCGGCGUCAUGUGGUACCUGCACAACGAGGCGGGCGCUUCCGCGCCGGGGCAGCGCGAGAGGGGGGCGGUGCUGCAGCGGAUGGUGUGCACCGAGACACUGGAGCACCUGUUGAACCACGAGGCGCGCCACAUCCUGAAGCUCAGCCAGCAGCGCCAGGUGCGAGAGCUCUUCCAGCAGGAGACGCCCGCGAACGCUUGCGCCGAGAUUUCUUGCGGCUGUGAUUCUGGCGCGCUCGCGCAGACGCGGGGGCCCGUCGGCGGCCCCUAG